AUGCUAUAAUAAUUCAUGUUCCAAUUUGUACACCACUUUAAUAUUAUUUGCCAAGACUAAUUCUCAAUCUCGUUUUGUGCAUUGGAAAAGAACCAACAGAGCGAAAAGCUUAUCAUGAGCACAAACCCUUAGGCACUCUUCUUUACUCGAUGGAUCGCUUCUGAUCGUUUUCGGUAAAAUCAGUUUUAAAUAUUUUUUGCUCCACUCUCUCUCUCUUGAGUUCCAAGAUGAUGAGCGCCUACCUGAUAUUUGCAUAUUGCGCUUCUAAUUUCUGCAUAGGGAAUGCUGGGUUAGUAGCUGCUAUUGAACGUUAAACCUAUAGAAAUUCUUUGUUCAAAUUUAUUGCGCAGUAGAGUUUUAAACAAUGACUAGGGCGAUGAGUCCUCUGAAAGAAGAACAUCACUUGAGUCUUGAUCUACGAUCAGUGCGGAUGUGCCUAACUGAAAGUUAAUACGACGCUAGUGGAAGUUAUUAAGAAUUCGAUAGUGAUAAUUUGAGAACGUUAUUAAUCCGGAAGUGCGAAGAUUACACAAAUUAAGAAUCGAAUAGUGAGCCUUCCGAGAUUGUUAUCACACCUGAUUGUGUGCUGUAAUUAAUUUACUGUGGUAAAUUUUGAGGAAUAACCCUACAACGUGGGGUUUUUGUUUGGGCUCGGACCAUUGACAACCGCCAACUGUCGUCGACCACGUGCAACUAGUCCAGGCGUAUCCCGAUGCGCCGCUGCGGUGGCUCGUGAGUACUCACUGCAGUGUCGUUCUAUCCCAGAAUCCGACCGAGUGCUAGAACGCAACCAAACUGCUCGAUAUCCGCCGAGGACUCAAUUUUGAAUUUCGGUGUCAAGCCAAAACGAUCACCGACCAGCACCCGACGUCCCUACAGUGGUGCUAGGCGUCGUCAUCCCGAGGCGCAAGAGAGCUUUGGACACGCGUCGUGAGAGUACUUUGCGGUCGCUGGACAAAUCCAACCAAACGAAAGUGGUAAGUUGCACCCAACUACGUUGGUCGAAUCACCCCUCGGUCACGCGGAGAGCCUGAGCACGAGAGCGAAGAGCAUCGAGGUGAAGCCACGUCGGGGCCCCGAUCAACGCGUCGUUGGAACCUGCCGGCAAGUACUUGCAUGCAUGAAGAGAGAAGAGUAGCUUUAAGAUAGGUAGCCUAGGGAGAUUGAUUGUGCAAGGAAAAUUGGAACAAUAAAGCUAUUUUUAAACCUUGCACUGGUUCCUACAUAGGCACAGCUAGGCGAUAUUUUGCGCUGAUUUGAAAUCUCUACUGAAGUGAUUUGAAAUCGGUUUUUUUUCGUAACUUUUAGCUCCAUAUUUUAUGAAUUGAGGGGGCCAAAGGCCAAAGAGUUUUUUGAGGUUUACACGGGAGGGAUUCGAAAGGUAAGUCGGGUCGUCAUUUGGAAGCCAAGAAUAGCUGGUGUGUUUGAGCAACUAUUAAAACUCGCCCUAGAAGAGGGUCUCAAAGCCGGGACCCAAACAGCAUCAGCAGCCUUCCUCGUUGGGGAAGUGGCGCUUAAGCUGCUGUUUGUGAUAAGCUCGAGCUGAUUCGUUACAUUUUGGCGCCCAACGUGGGGCCUGAGAGAUGAGAAAUUAGACAAUUAGAAACAAAUUGGAAUAAAUUUUGAAUUUAAAGUGAAUUGGAGCUGAAGCAUUAAUUUAGAUUGAAUGUGAAUAACUUUUUGAAUUUGAGAUUUGGUUAGAAAAUAGUUAAGAUUAGUAUUACUACAGUUUGUUCUGUGUCUAGCUUUAGUUUUUUUUUUCUUUCUUUUCUACUUUUUUUUUUGCUGUUUGAGUGUUGUAUUUUUUUUUUUCGACUCCUAAGUUAAGACCAUUUGAAUUCCAUUGAUUUUUUUUUCUUAAUAUACAUUUUUCUUUGAUUGUUCAAUACUAUGAUGGAAACAUAUCGCAUUUACGCGAAAGAUUUGGAGGAGGAUGAGGUUGACUAUGAGCUGUCCAUUCGGGGUUACCCUCUCGAAGGGCCCAUGGACACGCGUUACCGUUCCCUACGGUUGGCCUUACGUCAACCCGAAAACGGGGAUGCAAUUUUGAACACGGAGUACUCGUUGACCGGUGACUUCGUGGUUGUUCCCAUUAAACUAAAAGAAAUUGAAACUUUGUUAGAGACAGACGAUUUAAAGUGUUUUUCGAGACUUGUGCAUUACCACAAAAGAGUGCGCCGUUAUGUGCCUGAAACAGAUGCUCAGCGACGAAAUCAGCAGGAGUUGUUGGACGUGAUCAAUCGGAUGAUGCUAAAGUAUUACAACGUGGAUCUGCGAGAUGCAGCUGACUUGGUUCCGGUGAUGCGUUUGGCAGCAAAUCGACCUGAGGCUGCUGGAGCUGCGGCUCGUGGCAUGAACAUGAGGGAUGUGACAGCAUCUUUGGCUAAGCAGUUCAACACCGGAAGUAAUGCAAUCGGUGACGGCGUGGGCGUAUCAACCCCAGUAAAAACCCGUAUCUCAAAUGGAUCUCUACCUCCAGUAGGGGAAGAGUUAAUCAGUUUUACUGAAGAUGGAGGCACCUUAUCGUGUCCACAAGGAACUCCAAAGGCAGCAGUGGCUUCGACUGGAGCAGUUCGUAAACAACCAAUGGAGGGCGAGGACAGAGGUGAGGACGGCCUCAAAAAUGUCGCGGGUGAGGUGCGCGAACCAAUGAUACCGGCAAAACGUAGGGAAUCUGGAGAAGUUCCGCCGGGGAUCGCUUCGCCGAAAGGAGCUGUAGGUGGUGUUCCGGUCAGCCGAUUUGAACCACGGAACCCGUUGAGGCCGAUCGAGGUGGAUUGCCUGUGGGAGACUCCAGAAUUCAAAAGCAGCAUUCCGAAUACACUGAUUCCGCCGAAGCAACGAGUGAGUAGUGAACCGCUUGCUGCAGCACGACAAAUGGUGAGCCCCGGAGUUGUUCGUGGGAAACCUGCCCAAGAAAAGAUAGAUAUGAGUGAUUUUGUGCACAAAUCUGAGAUUCGAGGAUACAUCCAGUCGUACUUGGACCAAGUUUUCACGUCGGAACGUCAUUUUCCAGGAAGGAUGAACCCACCCGUGGUCGAUACGUUGGUUGACAGAAUUGCCAACAUUGGAAUACAUGAUCCAGAGGUUUCGCAGAUAUCCAGAGCGGCCAAUCAACGCCCCGAAGUGGAUUUUGAUCCGCCAUUGCAGUUGCCUCGGACGACGCCUAUCUAUGGUGGAUCUGUAAGGAAUAACCAACAUUCGAACUCAGGUGUACGCGUCGACCCUCCCAGAAUGGAUCCGGGUUUGAUAUCUCCUUUUGAUAACGGCGGGGAGCCUUCGUAUUCCAACGCUAAUGUGAUUGGAAGACCGGAUAAUCUUGGUGGAAAUUGGGCGAAUUAUUCGUCCCGUAGGAGAUUGCCUCAUCAGACCUGUAACAUAAUUGAGAAAUGGCCGAAAUUUUCGGGUGAUUCUAAUCCUGUUCCGGUUGUAGAUUUCUUGCGUCAGGUAGAAAUCCUUAGUCGCUCGUACCAGGUCACCCCAGAUGAGUUGCGGAUGCAUGCUCAUUUGCUAUUUAAAGAUGACGCCUAUGUAUGGUUUACGGCCUACGAGAGUCAACUAGCGACAUGGGACAUGCUGUUAAUCUACCUGAAAAUGCGCUAUGACAAUCCGAACAGAGACCGAUUUAUCCGGGAGGAAAUGAGGAAUCGUAAGCAACGGCCAAACGAAUUGUUCAGCGCCUAUUUGACGGAUUUGGAGGCCAUGUCGCAAAGGAUGACCCGCAAGAUGACCAGGGAGGAGAAAUUCGAUAUCGUUGUAGAGAAUAUGAAAAUUUCCUACAAGCGAAGACUGGCAUUAGAGCCGGUCAAUUCAAUUGAACAUUUAGCUCAAUUGUGUUACCGAUUCGACGCGUUAGAAGCCAACUUGUAUGCGCCGCGGAGUGUGAUGAAGCCAGCUCUCAAUGCUAUCGACUGCGACGAAGAGUAUGAUAAAGAUUCGGGGGACGACGAAGAAGCGUGUUUGCUGGCACUACAACCGAAAAACCUCCGCAAGAGAAAUACUAACGGUCCUAAGGACAAAAGCGAAAAAGAAAACAGUCAGCUACUUUGCUGGAAUUGCCGCCAGAGUGGACACAUGUGGCGAGACUGCAAUCGCAAGAAAGGCAUUUUCUGCCACAUUUGUGGAGCACCUGAAACGACUGCAUACCGGUGUCCCGAAAACCAUAAUUUGCGACCUCGAGAUUCGUCGCCCGAGGUACCAAAAAACGAGUAAUGUCAGGGAUUCCCGGGAACAGAUCCCCUGAAAGAAUCGUAGAUGAAGUUCCCAUUCGACCGUUUAAGUUAUUCAACCACAUAUAUGAUAUCAACACCUGUUUCAGACGUUGUCCGCACCUUCGAGUGAAAAUUUUUGAGGAAGAAGUCGAAGGACUGGCCGAUACGGGAGCUGGAGUAACCAUCAUCAAUUCAGUCAGCCUGAUCAACAAACUUGGCUUGAAAAUUCACCAGUGUAACUUGCGAAUAAAAACAGCGGAUAGUACGGAAUACACGUGCCUUGGGUACGUGAAUAUCCCUUACACCUACGGAACAAGAACGUGCGUGGUACCCACGAUCGUAGUACCGGAGGUUUCUAAAUUGCUGAUUUUAGGAGUAGACUUUUUAGACACCUUUGACUUCAAGCUGAUGAUCGCUGAGGACACAAGCAGUCAGAAUUCCGGCAACCCUCUGUCCCAGACCACGGAGGAAACACCCCUAAUGAUAGCCGAGGAUUUCUUUUCAGACGAUGAUCAAGCGUUAUGUUUUCAGAUUGAACCAUUUAACCAGAAACAUCCUGAAGAAUCUCGGGAGACAGACGAGAGCUUAGAAAUGCCCACGGUAGAAAUACCUACGUCAACAGUGCAGUCACCUAAGGAUAUCGAUACUGAACACCAUUUGACGGACGAUCAGCGACAGAUGUUGUUUGAGGCAGUUAUACGGCUUCCUGCAACUGCAGAAGGAAGUCUCGGACGAACAACAAUUCUAAAACAUCCAAUAGAGCUUCUACCGGGAACACAGCCGCGGAGGUUACCCAUGUAUAAGUGGUCACCAAUCGUCGAGAAGGUCAUUGAUGAAGAAGUUGAGCGAAUGCAGAAACUCGGAGUAGUCGAAGAGUGCUCUGGACCCGUAGAGUUUUUGAAUCCGCUUCUUCCCAUUAAAAAGGCUAAUGGAAAAUGGAGAAUCUGUCUUGAUUCACGUCGGCUUAAUUCGUGUACGAAGCGUGACGAUUUUCCAUUCCCUAAUAUGACGGGAAUUCUGCAACGAAUUCAAAAAUCUCGAUACUUUUCAGUCAUUGACCUGUCU